ACAGUCACAACCAACUUUCCCACUCAUUCUUCAUCCGAUCAUAUUCCCGAUCCAGAAACUUUGAAACCAAAAAGGAAAAGAAAAAAUGGAAUCGGAUGCAGCUCUACGUCGCCUCCACGCCGUACAAUCCCACCUCCUCCCUCCCACGGCCGACGAUCCUCAACCCCUCCUUCAGAACAACCUCGCCGCCGGCGAGUUUGCUCACGGGAAGGGGUACAGUGUAGUACUCCCGGAGAAGUUGCAAACAGGAAAAUGGAAUGUGUACAGAUCCGUACGUUCCCCUUUCGAGCUUGUAACUCGGUUUGCUGAUCAUCCGGAUAUUGUCACAUUGCACGAUAACUUUGUACGUUCGGCUGAGACUUUUAAAGAUCACAAGUAUUUGGGUACACGAAUUCGGAGUGAUGGAACUGUUGGAGAGUACAAAUGGAUGACAUACGGUGAAGCAGCAACAGUUCGGGAAGCAUUAGGUUCCGGCCUGUGGUUAAAUGGGAUACAAAAGGGAGCGUGUGUGGGACUCUUUUUCAUAAACAGACCAGAGUGGUUGAUUGUGGAUCAUGCUUGUUCAGCAUAUUCUUUUAUCUCAGUUCCUCUAUACGAUACUCUUGGACCUGAUGCGGUUAAGUAUGUCGUGAAUCAUGCCAAUGUACAAGCAAUUUUUUGUUCUCCCGAUAAUAUGAACACUUUGCUGAGCUUACUUUCCGAGAUCCAAUCUGUAGCUCUUAUAGUGGUAGUGGGAGGGGUAGAUGAACACUUGCGUUCCCUUCCAUCUAUAACUGGAGUGAAACUCGUGUCAUAUAUGGAGCUCGUCAGUCAGGGCCGCAGUUGCCUGCAGCCUUUUUGCCCUCCUAAUUCUGAAGAUGUUGCGACCAUAUGUUAUACAAGUGGUACAACUGGAACACCAAAGGGUGUUGUGUUGACUCAUGGAAACUUAAUAUCAAGUUGUGCUGGAUUCAGUUGUGCAUUGCGAUUCUGUUCAUCUGAUAUUUACAUAUCCUAUCUUCCUUUGGCACAUAUAUACGAGCGAGCUAAUCAAAUUGUCGUACUGUACUUUGGUGGAGCUUGUGGCUUCUACCAGGGGGACAAUCUGAAAUUGAUGGAUGACCUGGCUGUAUUAAGACCAACACUAUUUUGCAGUGUUCCACGGGUGUACAAUCGAAUCUAUGCUGGAAUCAACAACGCUGUUAAAACUUCUGGGAUUCUAAAGGAGAGACUUUUCAGAGCUGCUUACAAUUCUAAGAAGCAAUCCAUAAUGAGUGGUUCAACAUCAUCACCAAUAUGGGACAGAUUGGUAUUUAAUAAAAUCAAGGCAAAGCUUGGAGGACGAGUCCGUUUUAUGUCAUCUGGUGCUUCACCCUUGUCUCCUGAUGUCAUGGACUUCCUUAGGGUGUGCUUUGGCUGUCAAGUAAUUGAAGGAUAUGGUAUGACAGAGACUACUUCUGUCAUAUGCAUGAUGGAUGAGGGUGACACCUUAAGUGGCCAUGUUGGUUCCCCUAGUGCAGCUUGUGAAGUAAAACUAGUCGAUGUCCCUGAAAUGAAUUACACCUCUGACGACCAGCCAUAUCCUCGUGGGGAAAUUUGUGUCCGCGGUCCCAUUGUCUUCCAAGGCUACUACAAAGACGAACUGCAGACCAAAGAAGUAUUUGAUGAUGAAGGUUGGCUGCAUACUGGAGACAUUGGUUUGUGGUUACCUGGAGGCAGGCUUAAGAUUAUUGAUAGGAAAAAGAAUAUCUUCAAGUUGGCACAGGGUGAGUAUGUAGCACCGGAGAAGAUAGAGAAUGUCUAUGCCAAGUGCCAAUUUGUUGCUCAGUGUUUUAUUUAUGGUGAUAGCUUUAAGUCCUGUCUAGUAGCUAUAGUUGCAGUGGAUCCUGAUGUAUUGAAAGAGUGGGCUGCAUCUGAAGGCAUAAAGUACGAAGAUCUCAGACAAUUGUGCAAUAAUCCAAGAGUAAGGUCUGUAGUUUUGGCUGACAUGGAUGCCAUUGGAAAGGAGGCUCAGUUGAGAGGUUUUGAAUUUGCAAAAGCUGUAACUUUAGUUCCUGAACCAUUCACAGUAGAGAAUGGCCUUCUUACUCCAACCUUUAAGAUCAAGAGGCCUCAAGCCAGGGCACACUUUGCGAAAGCAAUAUCAAACAUGUACUCUGAGCUUUCCGUACCCGAUAUUGUAACGGAAAAAAUUGGAUGA